AUGCCUUUGUUGUUCAGUCAUCGGCAGUGCUCUGCUUUCUGGAGAAGGGAAUGGCAACCUACUCUAGUAUUCUUGCCUGGAAAAUUCCAUGGACAGAGGAGCCUGGUGGGCUACAGUUCAUGGGGUCACAAAGAGUUGGACUCAACUGCUCACAGCACAGCAGCAUGCAGCUGGGAAGCUUCUCUGACCAGGGACAUGGCAGUGAAAGCCCAGAACCCUAACUGGCUCCAGCUCUUCGGCAGCAUGGCCUUCACCGGCAAGUAUGAGAUUGAGAGCGAGAAGAACUACGAUGAUUUCAUGAAGCGCCUGGGGCUCUCCAGUGACAUGAUUGAAAAGGGCCGCAAUCUCAAGGUCGUCUCGGAGAUACAGCAGGACGGGCAGAACUUCACCUGGUCCCAGCACUACCCCGGGGGCCACUCCAUUUCCAACAGUUUCACCGUUGGCAAGGAGACCGAGAUGGAGACCGUGGGGAACAAGAAGUUCAAGGUCUCCGUGAAGAUGGAGGGUGGGAAGGUGGUUGUGGACUCCCCCCACUACCACCACACUGCAGAGAUUGUGGAUGGCAAGCUGGUGGAGGUCUCCACGUUUGGAGGCGUGAUCUAUGAGCGCGUGAGCAAGAAGGUGGCCUAA